GGCUUAGACUUCAUGUCUAUUCUCAGCGAUCAGGAGAGGGAAGCGGCCGACAAGAAGGCGGAGUCGGAUCGGGAACUCCAGCGGUCUUUCUCGAAGACGAGUCACGACGCGAAACAAACCGAUGCGUUGAGUGAGUCUAUGAAAGUCAGGGCUCGCAGUAUAUCGCGGAGCACUUCCGUCGUUCAGGUGGAGAGCUUUGAGAUGUCGACUACUGUGGCCGCCGACGACGUGGACGAGGGCUACAGCGCUGAGCCCAGGAUUAAGGACGAACAGCGAGAGGUCGGUUCCAUUGAUGGCACCGUCUAUUGGAUGUACUUUAAGGCCGGCGCCGGACCCGUACUCCUCACUAUUACUCUCCUCUCAACCCUCGUAUCUCAGGGAAUAUUUCACGCCUCGGAUCUAUAUCUUACAGAAUGGACUAAUAAAAAUCAGAACAAAACGCAAGACUCGAUCGAUAAGACUGAACAGAAUAACGAUGUAAUCAUAUAUUCAUCACUAAUCGCAGCCCUAUUCGUGACGGCACUGAUGCGCUCAGUCACCUGGUUUAUGAUGUGUAUGCGGGCGUCCGUUAAUCUACACAACAGUAUAUUCUAUCGUAUAUUACGGACUCCCAUAGCAUUCUUUGACAACAAUCCUGUUGGUCGAAUAUUAAAUCGAUUUACGAAAGACAUGGGAAUUGUGGACGAAAUGUUGCCGUCGACUGGCUUUGAUUUAAAUCUCACAAUGACCCAGGCACUCGGUAUCAUAAUCGUGGUGGCAAUGGUCAAUCCCUAUCUAAUCAUACCGGCUGUCGUGUUAAUCAUACUGUCUAUUAUAGUGCGGGGUAUAUAUAUUAAAUGCGCCCGAGAUAUCAAACGCUUCGAGGGAUUAACACGAAGUCCGGUGUUUACACACGUGAGCACAACACUGAACGGGUUGGCCAGUGUGCGGGCCUACGGGGCGCAGGAGGCGUUUGAGCGCCAGUACUACGUGUACCAAAACGAUCAUUCAGCAACGUGGUUUUUAUUCAUAUGCGCCUCCCGUACGCUCGGCCUGAUUAUGGACUGGAUAUGUGUCGGUUAUAUUGUAGUCAUAUCUGUUGUGUUGAUGAUCUUCUACGAGGGAAUUGGCGGCGGAAGCGCUGGACUGGCCUUCUCUUCGGCCCUAAUGUUGACUGGAAUGACUCAGUGGGGAGUUAGGCAGUCGGCAGAGAUGGAGAGUCAGAUGACUUCAGUCGAGCGCAUCAUUGAGUACUCAAAAUUGACACAAGAGGCGGCCCUCACCUCAGAUGAUAGCCAUAAACCUCCUCCCGAUUGGCCACAGAAGGGACAGAUAGAGCUCAGGAAUAUGAGUCUAUACUACGAGGGGUCAGACAAACCGGUGCUGAAAAACCUGAGCUGUAAUAUAAAAAGUGGAGAGAAGAUAGGGAUUGUCGGGCGGACGGGCGCCGGCAAGUCGUCUAUUAUAUCAGCGCUGUUUCGUAUGGUUGAGCCGAAGGGGGAGAUAAUAAUGGACGGCCUGUCUGUGGGAUCGAUUGGUUUGCAUGAAUUGCGGUCUAAGAUUUCAAUCAUACCUCAAGACCCGGUGGUCUUCACGGGACCCGUCAGACGAAAUUUGGAUCCUUUCGGUGAAUACAGCGAUCAAUCGAUUUGGAGUGCUUUAGAAGAGGUGCAGCUGAAGGGGGCGGUGGGGGACCUCCCGGGCCAGUUGGACGGCCAGUUAGCUGAAGGGGGUGGUAAUCUGAGUGUAGGUCAAAGGCAGUUGGUAUGUCUGGCGCGGGCUAUACUGCGGCACAAUAGGGUACUAGUGCUGGACGAGGCGACCGCUAAUGUUGACCAUCAAACCGAUGCCUUAAUUCAGACC